CUCGGUGCUCCUACCGCGCGUCUGCGAACCGCGGGGGUCGCCGGGGCUCCCAGCUAAUCCUUCCGGCUGCCUCGAGCGCCGUGCACUCGCGUUCCGUCGCAGCGCGGGCCCGGCCCCAGGUGUACCCGGGUGCGCCGCUGAGGCGGCCGGCUCCCCGUGACAUGCGCGUUACCCUCCCCAUGUCGCCGGCGAGGACACUGAGGCGCGCGGAGAUGAAGCGCCUUCCCGGGAGUUACACAGCUCGUGAGUAGCAGCCGCUCGCUUCUGCCUCCGAGGAGGACGCUCGGGACUGGCAUGGACAGUACGUGUUUACCUGUUGGUGGAGCCGCCGGCCAGUUCUGCGGAUCAGUUUUCUGUGUUAUUCUGAGCCAGUUCCUGCCCACACUGUUGCCUGAAGACCACCUUUCAGGACGUCUCGGGACUUGGUCGUCUCUGCUCUGGGGUCGAACUGGGGCUGCCGAGCCCUCGUGCUGAUUGCUUUGUCCACCAGCAGAGGCUCCAGCGGGCCAACCCGGGCCUGAAAGCAAGCACCCGGAGAAGAGCUAUUCCAGACCCUUCCGAACCUGCUUCCUUCUGACCGAGAUAAAUUCUUAAUGCUUAAGGCGGUAGAAAGACAGGAGAAUUCUUCCUGAAUUCUUGCUGGAAGAGGCGGUGACAUGGUCCAAAAAAUUUCAGAUGGUUAGGGUCACAGGAGGUGCGUGUCGCUGGGAAGUUGGUCCCAUAAAAGCAGAUAGGUUUGGGGGGCUGCAGCCCUUAUGACCACUGGACUUGGGAGAACAAUGACUGGGUAGGAUGCAGUAUGGUUGUAGCAGUAAAGUGCUCCAAGUAGCUGAAGCAUGAGGUAGGAAGGAGGAAGAGAGGAAAGGACUUGCCGCACCAUGGUGCAGGAGUCCUCCGUGGGAGCCUGAGCAAGGGAAUGGCUCGCAGCCUCUCUGAAAUCUGUUGGAGGGUUUGCCUUCCAGCGCGUCCUUCAAGACCAGGAAUAAGAGCUCCUCUGUCCCCGCUCUGAAGCAGCAGCUGCUGAAGGCAGCCUCACAGUCUCGGAGCAUCUGCUUUACAGCUCUGACAGAAGCUUUGUGAGAAAAGACACGCAAGUCCUAGCUGUGCCAUUUUACAGUGUGGGACCAAACUCUCAGAGAGAAAGCCAUUUUCGCCAGGCCAUCCUCCCACAGCUUCUGAAAGUUCACACCAUCUUUUCUAUAGAUGAAGGCUUUAAGAUUGAGCUCUGAAUAGCCCUGUGUCUCCACCACCCAAGCCUUGUGUUAAAUCCUUUCCCAUCAGCUGGAAUCCCAGCAUGUGACUUGGACAUUGUCAUUCGGUCGGAGGGAGGACAGCUGAGGACGCUGGAUCUUCAGGCCCUGAAGAGGGAAGUGAGCGGAAAAUACCUGUCUGGGUGAGUGAUAUCAUGAAAAGACCAGCAAUUCGCUAUUUAGGAGACACAAGUUCCAGUCUAAGCUCUUGGAAUUCAGCGGACGACUUAAGUUAGUCUGCUUGCUAUUUGUCAAAUAGGGAGCUGUGAACUGAGCCAAAGCAGCAACACCAAUCAGGCUAUUUCUGAAGAACCAGAGUUUUCAGGGUCAGCCAUGGAAAGUCUCAGAGGGAGUACUGCCCAAGGUCCUACGAAUGAAGAGGCCUGUAAAGGUGAGGGCCGGUUAUCAAGGCAGACAAAAUGUCCUGCCCGGAAGACAUCUUUUGAGAAAACAUCGAUCAGGAACGUGUCCAUGACCCUUAAGGAAAUUUUUACUAGGGAGAGAGUUCCUGAAUCUAGUGAAUUUAGUCUAAGCUCUAAAGUUAAUACACAGCAGAACAUUCCAAAGGGAGCUAGAUACCCCAUAUCUAGGAAGAACUCCAAAGAUAAUUUGGACUUCAUUAAACACCAAAAAAUCUUCCCACAAAAGAAACCUUGUAAAUGCAAUGAAUGUGGGAAAGCCUUCAGUUACCAAUCAGACCUUAUUGUCCACAGGAGAACUCAUGGUGGAGAAAAGCCUUUUGAAUGCAAUGAAUGUGGAAAGACUUUUAGCCGAAGUACACAUCUUAUUGAGCAUCAGAGAACUCACACUGGAGAGAAGCCGUACGAAUGCAGCGAGUGUGGAAAAGCUUUUAGCCGGAGCACUCACCUGAGCCUUCACCAGAGGGUCCACACAGGAGAGAAGCCCUAUGAGUGUGGUGAGUGCGGGAAAGCCUUCAGCCGGAGCACGAACCUCAGCCAGCACCAGCGAACUCACACUCAGGAGAAACCUUACAAGUGUACCGAGUGUGGGAAAGCCUUCAGCGACCGCUCGACCAUAAUUCAGCAUCAACGAAUACACACCGGCGAGAAUCCCUAUGAGUGCAGUGAAUGCAGGAAGGCUUUCAGCUGGGUCUCCUCUCUCAUCGAGCACCAGAGAACACACACGGGCGAGAAGCCCUACGAAUGCGGCGACUGUGGGAAAGUGUUCAGUCGCAGCUCUUCCCUCGCUGAGCAUCAGAGGAGCCACACCGGGGAGAAGCCCCACGAGUGCGGAGAAUGUGGGAAGGGCUUCGGGCGGAGCUCAUCGCUUAUCAUUCACCAGAGAACUCACACCGGAGAGAAGCCGUACAAGUGUAAUGACUGUGGGAAAGCCUUCAGCCAGAGUUCAACCCUCAUCCGACACCAGCGACUUCACGCUAAAGAGUAACAGUCGAGCUUUUUCCUUAAUGUGCACGUAAGAGCACACAGCACUCGCAUCCUGUUGCUGCAAGGAGAAACAGAUUCGUCUGUGGAGUUUUCUUCUCUACUAGCUAGCUGUAAGCCAGUGUCAAGGUAGCCUUCCUUCCGUUUUGUAAACUAGAUGCUGCAGUGAGUGAUCAGUACAAGGGGGUGAGUCUAGGAACCGAACAUACUCCCUCUCCUCCCCGAAGGACUCCCCUUAGAGUGUAGACCUGACAUCUUGUAUCUGCUCACCUGUCUGUUCCCUGGGGCUCCGAUCCCUGUGCAGUCAGUGGACCAUGUUCCCCGACCACAGAAGCCCCUUUACUUCGAGAGGAAGUCCUGAGUGACAGAGUGUGAGUGUGUGUGAGUGUGACGCUGGCUCCAGUACCAGAAGACAAGGAGCUGGCUUCAGAACAGGACAAAAAUCUUCCCACCAGUUUGCUGAUAAUGGUGUUGAGGCAAAUCCAGUUUCUGAUUUUAUACGAACAGAUUUUUCUGUUAAACCUUUUUGUUGUAGCGUGUUUUCUUCAAAGUAUAAACCAUGUGCCUAACUAAUCCUAGUAUUUUUUUAUAUUAUCCUCAUCAAGAAUGACCUAAAACUUAUAUUGAGUUCUUCUAUGAUUAAAAAAAAAUUGCUUCCCUAGUUUUUAAUUUUCUUCUGUUGGAGGGUUCAUGAAACUUACACCCUCUGGCCCUAACUCUCACCAUUCCUAUAAAGCUCAUCUCUCAAGGACAAAUUCCGUGACUGUUUCUUAGUCUUUUUUCCCCACUUGACAUUUGCAGAAUUGACUCUUUUGGCCACUCUUAUGCCUUAAAACUUGAGCUUCUUCUGGCAUCCCCAAUUCUGUGCUGAUCCAUACUUUUCCUACCUCAUGGCACUCUCUGAUUAACAGUGAUCAGCUGUAUAACUUUGGGCAAGAGUUAAACUGGAGUGAUCUCAUUUUAUUGGGCUGUAAUACUUGAGGUCGCUCAAUUAGAUUGUAAACUUCCUGAAGACAAGUUCUUUUAGAUCCCUGUGAAACAUGCAAAGUGCAGAAUGGUCACUAAAUGCCCUGUAAUUACUGCCUACUUUAUCCCAGGUAACUGGCCUGCUAGAUUUCAUCUGAAAUGGUUUACAAGUUGAUUUCUUGCCCUAUUCCUAAUGCUGCUGCUUGGUGCUCGGUAGUCGGGGCUCAGAUUAUGAGAGUCAGCAGGGCUUCCCUUGUCUCCCUGCCUUUAGCAGCCUGACUAAACGACCAUCUUGUCCAAAGAGUUCACGGUUCCCAGGACAAAGAUCAAACUCUCUCACUCCAGGGCCUUCCACACUUAGGUCUAUUUACUUAUUUUCCAUUACUCUCCAGUACCUGCAGCGAGGCCUGUCCUUGGUGUCUGUUAUACCCUCUUCUCACACUUGGCUUCUUUCCACACUGUGUGUGGCCCCCUUUUACAUGUCCGGCAUUCCCCCUGUGUCUCCAGAAAUCUCAUCCGCACGUUAUGAAAGGCCUUGUCAGGUCCUGCCUCCUCUGACACCUGGGGUCUCCCACCUUAGAAGUCCUGUGCAGUGGUGGUUUGCCUUGAUUUUCCUGCAUUACAAAUGUUCCUGUUCUGUUUUCUGAUUAGCUCAGGUGCUUUUUCCCAUAAGCUUUUGAAGUUAGACAUUACCUUAAAUCUCUCAGAAGCCCCAUCUAAGGCGUGGUAUAAUGCAGGUCUAGACUCUAGUUUUAAUCUAAACAGGGAGGGUUUAAUUGAAUCUUGUAAUCUCUUAGUCUUUUGAAUGGAGGAAGAGCCUCAUAAAUAUUAUGUAAAUUCACUCUUGGGACUAAUUCUCCAUUAGAGCUCCUGGGAUGCUGGCCUCUUGGCUUUCCAUUUCAUGAGACCGUUGUAAGGAAUAAGUGCGUUUAUUCGUGUAAAGUGAUGAAAACAGUGAGUGCUCAGUAAAUGCUCAUUGUAAUGAUUCUGCUGCACAUCAGCCCACAGCCUUUCAUUUCCUCCCCUGCAGGGUCUGUAAGUCCAUUACCAGCAGUGGAAAACUAGGGUUACCAUCCAUUAGGUUAGAAGAUGUUUAUGCUAACUGUGGCAACAGGCGAUAGCCAUCCAUCUGUAUGUCUGGCACGUAUCAUGUGUCAAAGGGACUCAAGAUAGCUUACAAGAUAGGAUAAAAUGGAAAACCAAAACACAUAAGAAUCAGCAUUUGGUGGCGCCUGGGUGGCUUGGUUGGUGAAGCAUCUGCCUUCUACUCAGGUCAUGAUCUCA